AUGCGAGACGCUCUUCUGCUGCAGCAAUCCCAGCUCAAUCCUGCAGAGACAACUUAUAUCUAUAAAGUGAUUCCAUCGGUGCAGGAGCGCGCACUUGCCGCCAUCUGCUCGGACGACUCGUUAUAUUUUGUGAACUCAGAGACCUUCGACGAAGAAAAGUCAAUUUCUCAAGUACAUGCGGGCGUUACAUGCUUAAGCCCCGUUCCAGGAGAAUCUAGUCAAAUCUGUACCGCGGGGAGGGAUGGCUUCGUCCGACUGUGGGACUGUCGUACUCCAAAGUUGAAAGUAGCCGAGUUGAAGGAUUCAAAUACCAUCUCCCUCCCCAAUGCACACGGCGAAGAAAUCGUCCGUACUCUGUGUUUCGCUCCUUCGCAGGAUGGCGAGACGCAGAAGAUCUACACUGGAGGUGAGGACGGUAUGAUAAAGGCGUGGCGGGCCCCUUCAUUGCCUUCGCUCAGUGACGCCGAGGAGAAUGACAUCGAAAUGACAAUGGCAGAGGGGAAAGGUGAGGGAGAUGGUCAGGAGGAGCGCCAGAGACAAGGCAAAGGGAGCAAUAAGAGCUCUCGAGAAGGCGAGAAGACAAAGAGAAAGGGACGGUUUGAGCCUUAUUAG